CCAAAUAUCUUGCUCCUCUGCUAAAAGAUAAUUUAAUCACGUUUUAAAGGAAACCAUCUUGUGUUCCAUUUAAACCAGCAGAGGGGGUUGUCAUUCACAACCAAACCAGACAAAGAGAGAGAGAGAAAGAAGAGCGAGAGAGAGAGAGAGACAGAGAGAGAGACAGAGACCGAGACUAGAGGCCACUCAAAGAGUGGGGGAAUUCAUCCUUGGUAUUUUAAGGGGGUGUUUUAAAUAUAUAUUUUCCCCCUGUUUGUAUCCCCCCUAUUACAAGUGAUAAAUCCACAGGCUCUGGAUCUGGACACUGGGCAGACCAGACACAACAUCCACAGCAUAACAAAGGAGGACUAAGGAAAUUUACAGUCUAGCUCAAUGUCUCUGUUAUGGAUAGUGAUACUGCCAGUAACAGCCUUUGCAUUUCAUGUGGAGCUAAAACCAAAGAGUGCAUUUUUCAGAGUUGGUGAUCGGCAGGAGCUGCGAUGCUCGGUGAAGGAUUGUAACGAAAAGGUUACUAUGUCCUGGGCUUUGCUGGGGGAUAAGCCCAUGUUUGCUAAAAUACACACCUCAGGAUCGGAAUCCGUGGCGGCCUUUGACCCUGUGAUGACAGUACAUGAUGACAUACUUCUCUGCAAAGUCAGUUGCGGAGCAUUGACCAAACAACAGCGUGUGGUUGUCAAAGUGUACUCAUUUCCAGAGGCACCUGUCAUAUCAGGCUACGACCAUCUUCUCUUGGGCCAGUCCAACACUCUGACAUGUGAGGUGAUAGAUGCUUAUCCCGUGGAGCACCUGCGACUUGAGUGGCUGCGAGGAGACAGCAUGCUCCAGACAGACGCAGAGUCCGUUGUAUCUACCUACCGGUUCACGCCCACCCCAGAGGACAAAGAGACAAGCAUCACAUGCAGAGCCUCUCACGAUCAGGAUGGUGUGCCUGAUGAAGAGAAGACCAAGGAAACCACUGUAUCUCUCACAGUGCUUUAUGCGCCACAGAAUAUAUCAAUAUCUGAGCCGACUGCUGUGAGAGGUGGCUCCAGUCUCACGUUGUCAUGCCAUGCUGAAGGGAACCCCAGACCAGAUACACAGUGGAAGGCCAUUGGUCCAGAUGGACAGGCUGUUAUUGUGGGGCAGAGCGAGGAGCUUAUCCUUACAGAGAUGAAACUGGUGGAUGCUGGUCAAUAUGAGUGUGUGGUGAGCAACACCAUUGGAAACAUCACAGCCAGCGUGAACGUCAUUGUUCAAGCUCCCCCAACCAACACCACCAUCACAGUGAGCCCAGCCAGUGAGGUGAAGGAAGGGGAGAGUGUGACGGUGUCCUGCCUGUCGUACGGAGCUCCGGUGGUACGCAUGGUGCUGAGGAGACUGUCUGAGGACCAGGAUGUAGAACUCCAGUCCAGCAACGGUUUCUCCACCUCCUUCACCCUCUCCUCUGCCCUGCUAGCAGACUCUGCUCUCUACCAGUGCCAGGCCUUCAAUGAACACGGCAGUCAGAAGGUCAGCGCCUUGCUCUCUGUUGAAGAGUAUCCCCUGGAGGUGGCGAUGGAUGUGGGGGUGACGGCUGAGAUGGGAUCCAACCUGGUGCUCUCCUGCCGGGCUUGGGGCUGUCCCCAGCCAGUCUUCUACUGGAGGAGCAUGCUGGACAUGCCCGUCCAUAGCCGUGCACACACCCAGGACUCCCUCUCCCAGCUCUACCUGGGCCCACUUGGGCUGAUCAACGAGCAAGCCUACACCUGUGAGGCCAAGUGUGGCUCUGUCAUCAAGGCCAAGCACGCUGAGGUCAAGGUCUUCUCUUUCCCCUCGGACCCUAUCAUCGAGAACACUGGCCCCUUUCUGGAACACGGUGUUGGCAUCUUUUUUUGUUCGGUAGCCAAUGUCUAUCCAGCCAAUCUCCUGCAGAUCCAGUGGCUUGAUGGGGAAAUUGAGCUGGCCUCCGAGAUGGGACAGUAUUCCAGUGAACUCCAGAAUGUGACGUCAACGCUUUCUUUCUCGAUUGGACCGGAGGACCAGGGCAGACAGAUCACCUGCAGAGUCAGUCUUCAGAUGGAUGAAGUCCCUCAGAGUGGGAGAGAGAGGCAGGCAGUGACUGUACUGGAGCUCCACUAUGCCCCCAGGGGAACCACAAUCACAGUGAGCCCAGCCAAUGAGGUGAAGGAAGGGGAGAGCGUGACGGUGUCCUGCCUGUCGGACGGAGUUCCGGUGGGACGUAUGGUGCUGAGGAGACUCUCUGAGGACCAGGAUAUAGAACUCCAAUCCAGCAAUGGCUCCUCCACUUCCUUCACCCUCUCCUCUGCCCUGCUAGCAGACUCUGCUCUCUACCGGUGUGAGGCCUUCAAUGAGCUCGGCAGCCAGCGAGCUAGCACAUACAUUACAGUCAAAGCACCUCCUAGGAACACAACAGUCCUGAUAUAUCCAUCUGCUGAGGUGCAGGAAGGCCAAAAUGUCACCAUCUGCUGUCACUCCGUCAGUUUCCCCCCACCUGCUGUGGUUUUAAGGAAACUGGAUAAUGGCACAGAGCUCUACUCCCCGGAUGGGAACUUCCUGCUGGUUAACCUUACGCCCAAUGAUACAGGCCUAUACCAGGUGAAUGUUACCAAUGACCUGGGUUAUGAGACCGAGAUCUUCAGCAUCAACGUCAUAGAGAAGCACUCCAGUACUUCACCAGACUGGAACCACGUAGUCAUUCCUGCUGUCUGUGUGGGUAUCAUGGUGACCACCACGGGCCUAAUCCUGGACUACCUGAGGAGAGCCAGGAGGAAGGGCUUCUAUGAGCUGGCAAAGUGUAAGCCCGGGUCUGCAUAGACUAGAGGAGUCUAAAACCUUUGGCCCAGAGCCAGAUUGUGGCCCCCACUUGUGCUACCAAAAUGACCAUGUACUGUAUGAGUAUCACAUCAGUGAGUGUUUUGUGGUUCCUCAGGCAAAAUGACUUUUACACUGUGUUCAGAGGCAUACCAAGGGACAGACCUACCUGGAGUGGAGAGGGAACAGACGAGAGAUUCGUCCACUGUCAGGUCUCCAUUGAAGUGCAGAGGACAAGGCCGUAUGACCUUUGGAUGUUACUGGAAGAGGAAAAGAGAAGUACCUUUAAGGAUAUGUGGUCUUCUGGAUGUUUUUCAUUUUUAUUAAACCUAAGCUAGAAGUCAGUCAAAUGUUUAAUAAUCUAACUGUCUGCAACUAACUAUCAUUUGCUCCUUUUUCCACUUCUUGGCAGCUUUCAUUGAACCCAUUGAUGUCUAAGUGUCACAACUAUUGGAUGAAUGCAAUAUGUUUCAUGUUUUUAAACAAAAUUUCAAUUUGCAAUUGGCUGUGAUAAAAAGUUGAAAUGUUUAAUGAGUUAAUUACAAUGCAUUUGAAAUGUACAGUUUAAAUUAACUUUGUUAUAUCAGUAUGGGAAGGUGGUUUCCCAACAAUAGGUGAAGUCGGUAUUGUGGUAAUGUAAUAUAGAGAAGCAAGGUAAACUGUAUUUGCCUCAUAGCUUUUUUUGUAUAUAGGGGAAACAGCGCCACUGUCCGCCCCCACAGCUGUUGUUUUUGUUUUGUUGACGAAGCAGAGCUGGGGAGUGUCGUAGUUACAAAAAAUGCAGUACAUAUGCUGGUGUUCUUUCGCGCGUGCAAUCAUGUCCGCGCCAGGGGAAAAAACAGUGUUUGUUGUUUGCAUUAACUUAUUUGGUUGUUGUAAUAUCGCAAACGGAUGUGGCAAUUUCACCAUUAAGGAUUCCAGCUUUAAUGUGGACACUUACUAGAAGUGUUUGCAUGUGUGCAAUGUGCAUGGAGUAUUUUUGUCCCACACCAUUUUCUUUAUUGCUGUGGGAUAUUAUAGCCGGUUUGGUACGUGAUUAAAGAAGCUGUUGUUUUUAAAUCAAAGCCUAUAUAGAAUGUAUUUGUUAUGUUUAUGACUGUUCAUACUCCUUUGUGUGUUGUGAAUAUGUUGUGCCCUAUUUUUUGUGAAUUUUUUGUGUUUGAAAUGUUUGUAGAGAUGUUCAUUAUUAAAUAUUUAUUUCCAUAACUAAAAGCUGUUCAUUGAAAUAGGAGCUUUGGGUUUGGGGUCUCCUGUUGCAGUGGGGAAAGCCAGGGAACGUUUCAACAAGUAUCAGGGGCUUGUGCUGAAUGCUUUAUUUAUUUUUAUUUGACGGGGCAAGUCAGUUAAGAACAAAUUCUUAUUUACAAUGACCGCCUACCCCAAACCCUGAACUGGACAACGCUGGGUUGUGCGCCGCCUUAUGGAACUCCCAAACAUGGCCAGUUGUGAUACAGCAGGGAUUCAAACCAGGAUCUGGAGUGACACCACUAACACUGAGAUGCAGUGCCUUAGACCGCUGCGCCACUCAGGAUCUUACAAGCUCUUUCCCAACGAUGCAGAGUUUAGAUCCUUUAUGUAGUCUCUUAUCUUAGUCUUCUUAACUCUUAAAAAUUUGAAAUGUUAGCUGUCCCCACUCUGGCUGGAUUCCAAUCGGAAUUACACAUCACUUUGCAAGCCAGUAUAAUACGACUUGCUGGCCUGAUGUGGCCUGCAAAAUGUGAGUUUCAGGCCACUGUAUUAGUGUAAACUAGGCCCUCAAAAUAAGGCCUUAUGAAAUAUGUAUUGUAUCGUCUUAAAUAAUGCAAUGACAGCAUAUUCACUUAGGAUCUCACUUGGGUGAAAGCCACAUGACUGGUUGAUUGGGAUGUUAUAUUCAUAUAUAUUAUAUUGGGCUGAAUCCUGUCAUGAAUCAUACGUUGAGGACAAUAGAAGAUUAGGAAUUUUUGGAAAAUGUACAUCUUGCGUUGCUCUUAUGCCGUAGUCAAAAAGCGUCAUCAAAGUGCUAGCAUCAGUUUUCCCUUUUAGAUCAUAUUGAAUCAGAUUAUUUAGACGCUAGAUCAAGAUUCCUUCUCUGAGACACUUGAUACAUAAGACCCCAAACACAGUAAUGGGUGGUAUCAGAGAGAAAGAAGCGAACCAAGAGGGCUAAAAUUUGUCUGCGUGACAUGGGGAUAUUUUGCCUGAAGGUCAAUGAGAGUGUCGAAUUUGGUCAACAUAAAAUUUUAUUCCCAAUUUGCUAAGUGGGUCUUAUUUGAUCAAAUAGAAGUGUCGUAAUGUUAAGGUUGUUUAGAACAUAAGUGUUUAACAUUGUUUGGGAUAUAUUUGGACGCACAAGGCUUCACGGCAAAUUUCAGAAAAACUAUUUUAUAUCAGAGUUGUGCCUGUUGUUCACGUGCGUCUUCCCUAUUGUUGGCUAGAAUGUUCCUGCCUGCUACCGCCUGUCUUCCACCUUUGCAGACAUUUAAUCGCAUUGUUAAAGUGGUCAGUCCAAUAUCUUGUCAAUAUAUAGAUCAUUUUAACUCUAACAUUUCCUCUAAAUGCACCAUGGGAAAUAUGCAAAUCAGGCUCAACACCCAGAACAACACCCCAAAAACAUCAAAAUAACCAUUAUUGGUUCCAUAAUAUUAUAGAAACAAUAAUGGUUCUUUGGAGCUUUUAAUUUUUGUAUGGUUCUUCAAAUAACCAUCCCAUUUAAAGGGUUAACGGGAAACCUCACCGCUAGACACUAUUUGGAGUGUUUUCCCAGGGUGUUUCAGGCUGGGCCAGACGGAUUACCAGGACGUGUACCGCGAGCAUGUGCUGACCAACUGGCAAGUGUUAUGUCAUAAUUACGUAAAAUUCUGGCAAAUUAGGCGGCCCAAACUGUUGCAUAUACACUGACUCUGCGUGCAAUAAACGCAAGUGACACAAUUUCACCUGGUUAAUAUUGCCUGCUAACCUGGAUUUCUUUUAGCAAAAUGUGCAGGCUUAAAAAUAUAUACUUCUGUGUAUUGAUUUUAAGAAAGGCAUUGAUGUUUAUGGUUAGGUACACAUUGGAGCAACAAAACGCACCACAUCGAUUAUAUGCAACGCAGGACACGCUAGAUAAACUAGUAAUAUCAUCAACCAUGUGUAGUUAACUUGUGAUUAUGAUUGAUUGAUUGAUUGUUUUUUUAUAAGAUAAGUUUAAUGCCAGCUAGCAACUUACCUUGGCUUACUGCAUUCGCGUAACAGGCAGGCUCCUCGUGGAGUGCAAAGUAACUCAGGUGGGUAGAGCGUUGGACUAGUAAGGUUGCAAGAUUGAAUCACCCGAGCUGACAAGGUUAAAAUCUGUCGUUCUGCCCCUGAACGAGGCAGUUAACCCACCGUUCCUAGGCCAUCAUUGAAAAUAAGAAUGUUUUCUUAACUGACUUCCCUAGUUAAAUAAAGAUUAAAUAAAGGUGUAAGAAAAAAAUAAUAAUAUCGGCCAAAUCGGUGUCCAAAAUUACCCUACCCCUGCACAUUGACUCGGUACCGGUUCCCCCUGUAUAUAGCCACUUUGUUAUUUUAUUGUGUUACUUUAGUUUAUUUAGCACAUAUUUUCAUACUCUGAAUUGUUGGUUAAGGGCUUAUAAAUUUCACCGUAAGGUCUACAACUGUUGCACGCCCAAUUUUGCACACCCAAUUUUUUGCACGCCCAAUUUUUCAGUUUUUGAUAUGUUAAAAAAGUUUGAAAUAUCCAAUAAAUGUCGUUCCACUUCA